AUGGUCAGCUUGGACGACAUCAAUGCAUACUCGAGGCCUCAGAGCUCGUUGCCCAAGGGUACAGCACACCUCUAUAGCUACAUCAAUCGUGCUACUUCACCGUCCAAUUUUGAACCUAAUUUGGCGCUGAAUUUGGAGAUUGCCGACCUCAUCAACUCGAAGAAAGGCAAUAUGCCCCGGGACGCGGCUGUGGCCAUCGUUCACAAGAUCAACUCGCUAAACCCUAUCACAUCUCUCUUGGCGAUCGCGCUCCUGGACAUGCUGGUCAAGAAUUGCGGCUAUGCUUUUCACCUGCAAAUCGCAACAAAGGAGUUUCUGAAUGAGCUUGUGCGACGAUUUCCGGAGAGACCGCCUCCAAGACCCAGUCGAGUGCAAUUUCGUGUCCUUGAACUGCUCGAGCAGUGGCGGCAAACGCUUUGCUCAACGAGCAAAUACAAGGAUGAUAUGGGCUACAUUCGGGACAUGCACAGGCUUUUGCAUUACAAAGGUUACGAUUUCCCAGAGAUCAACGCUGGGGCCGCAAGUGUACUCAACCCAAACGAUUCGCUAAAGUCCGCGUCUGAAAUGGAAGCAGAAGAUCGAGCAGCCCAUUCCGCCAAGCUACAGGAAUUGAUAAGACGAGGAACCCCUGCCGACCUCAAGGAGGCCAAUCAGCUCAUGAAGGUCAUGGCAGGCUUCGACCAAAAUAAAGUGGACUACAGAGCCAAGGCAGCCGAAGAGACAGAUCACAUCCGGCGAAAGGCAUCACUGUUGGUUGAAAUGCUUUCAGGUCUCAAUGAAGCCGACGUUCUGGCUGACGGCGACAUAUAUCAAGAGCUUGCCGAUAGCAUCCGCAACGCUCAGCCAAAGCUUCAGAAGAUGUGUGAGGACGAAUCUGAAGAUCAGGAAGCGGUUGGCAAGCUCUUUGAGCUCAAUGACUCAAUCAACUCCAUCGUGACCAAGUACGAUUUGUUGCGCAAAGGUGAUUUUGCAGCUGCACAGCGAGUGCCA